AUGUGGACAAGUUACGCCGCGCUCACGGGAGCUGUGGUAGCAGGACUGUCCUACACGGGUUCGGCCUUCAUUCUGCCAUAUACCGCAGAUCAACGUGAUGCCAGCCAGGAAUUCGACUGGACAGAUAUCAGACCAUCGAAAGAGCUUAAGUACCACAAGUGCUAUGGACUCUUCGAAUGCGCUAGGUUAGAGGUGCCACUCGAUUGGUCCAAUCUCUCAAACUCGAACACUGUCGCCCUUGCCAUUACGAGGCUCCCUGCUGUCGUUGACGUUGCAGACGAGUCCUUUGGCGGCACAAUCGUCAUCAAUCCAGGCGGACCUAGCGGCUCGGGCGUUACAACUGUGUUGUGGGGCGGGAAAAGCAUUCAGAAUGUGGUGGACAGUGACAAACAUUUUGAGAUUUUGUCAUUCGACCCUCGGGGAGUACAGUUUACAACACCCAGCCUGGAGUGCUUUCAAGAUGACUCUGUACGUGGCAAUCUACGCUUGAUGUCAGCGGCGUCUGGCAGCCUCGAAUCGAAUCAAUAUGCUUUGGACACCAAAUGGAGCAUCGACAAAAGCCUCGGCCUCCUUUGCGCAAAGACGAAUAAGGGCAGAUAUCCGGAUGGCUCGACUAUUCGGCAGUAUGUCAGCACUGCCCUGGUCGCUCAUGAUAUGGUGGCAAUCAUCGAUGAAGUCGAGGCACACCGACAAGGCCAACUGCGUUCAGACGAGAAGCAUCAGCACAAGCCACAGGCCGCGAUCCUGUAUGACUCGGAAAACAGUCCUCCAUUGCUCAACUACUGGGGUCUGUCAUAUGGCACAUACCUCGGUAACACUUUUGCCUCAAUGUUUCCUGGCCGGAUUGGUCGUAUGAUACUGGAUGGUGUUGUUGACGCGGAUGACUAUGCCGCUACCGGCUGGACCACUAACCUCCAGGACAACAACAAGACAUGGGAAAAGUUCUUUGACUAUUGUUUUGAGGCUGGUGAUAAGUGCACCUUGUCUGACGCUUCGGUACAUGGCCCGGCAGAGAUGCAGCAGAAGGUUGAAGACUUUCUAGCUGAGCUUAAGCACAACCCACUGCCAUUAGUGGAAAAUGGAAACGCCUUUGUCCUCACGUACUUCGACUUGAAAUCGAUGAUCCAUGGCCAUCUGUAUCAACCAAUUCAGCUAUGGCCUAUGUUGGCUCUGAUCUUGAGAGCGUUGAUGGAGCGGGACGAGAGAAGCGCGAUUUCCGCACUGAGGUCCUCGAGGGCGUGGUUCGCCCCUGGAAAUAGACACUUCCAUCCCUCUCUGCCCAAUUUACCUCUCAUGCCCUUCCUAUCAGGAGCCCUGCUGGAGCAGGAGUUGAGCCUGCCGACGAGCUAUCCUUGGCAGGAGGAGGCGGCCAUCUCCAUUCUCUGUGGCGAUGGCGACGACAUUACCUCCCGGACGAAGGAGGAGUUCGGAGAGUACCUUAGCUUACUUGAAUCCCAAUCACCAGUGGUGGGAUCCGUCUGGGCAGAAAUCACGUUACCCUGCAUCCACUGGCAGAAGGCGAGUCGCCCAUUAGCCGGAAAUCGAUUCACAGGCCCUUUUGCCUCGAAUCUGUCUGACUACGAUCGUCGAGGCAGUCCGCUCUUGUUCAUUGGCAACACGGCGGAUCCGGUCACACCAGUGAGGAACGCGCUCAAAAUGUCCAAGAGUCAUGAAGGUAGUGUUGUACUAACGCAGGAUAUGCCUGGCCAUUGCGCUGGGUCAAGCAACCCGAGUGUAUGCACAUUUGGUAUCGUGAAGACGUUUUUCGCAAACGGGACUUUGCCUGAAGCUGGGCUUGUUUGUGAGGCUGCCCUUAAGCCAUGGGGUUUCAGACAUUGA